AUGGAAGAAACAGAAGAGCUCCGCAAUCCAUUUCCGUCCCCGCCAUCACAUUACACCAAAUAUACCUCCCACAACCUCGCACUUCUUGCACUCUACAAUGAACGUCUCAGUGACCACCCAGACGAAACACAACGGCAAAUUCUCCACGAUCAGGCAGACGUUCCUGACUGGCCGCUGACGCAACUCGAGAAGCCACGGGUGGAUUGGAUUCUCGAGGAACCGGAGGCAUAUUACGAUGUGUUUGGUGACCGUUGGUUUGUGAAAGAGACGAUCCCUUCACUGGGUGAACAAGGUGGCCGCCAGCUGUAUCCCACGGACCCCACAGUGGAUCGACGCCCUGCUCUACUCUCAAUCCUGCGGUCGCUCCUCGUCACCUACUCGUCGCUUACCAAAGCUGUCCUCGCCCCACCACCUACACAACCCACAACGCAAAUCCCAGAAUGGCAAGAGAAAGUCGAAUGGAUCACCAUCCUUGCCCAAAAUCUCAUGGCUGCCGCAAACGACCUGCGUCCAGUUCAGGCACGGGGUAAUUUGGAGCUUAUGAUGCAACGGCAACUGGACUUGCGACGAGAAGAGACCAAGGCACUUCACGCAAAAUGCGAUGUUCUUGACGAAAAGCUCAAGGAAUUGCGUGCAGCUGCUCAGCAAAUCUCGACCACUGCAGCAGCAUUAGAUGUAGUCAUGUCCGACCCAAAACCAUCCACGCCUGUUGUCCCCGAAAUCUCUCAUGAUGAUGUUCUUCGGUGGGCAGAGGAGGUGGGUUAA